GCUCCGCAGCACUGAGACAGCUGAGUCACACAUGCAUUUGGACCCAGUUAAAUAGAUAUUGAGCAAAAAGAGCGGCUUCAGUCGAGAAAUUGCCCCAACUCCACCGAAUCUUGACCCCAGCUGCCUCUGACACCGCGUCGCAAGAUGCUGACGAUAACACUAAAGACCCUCCAACAACAGACGUUCAAAAUAGAAAUAGACCCAGAAUUGACGGUGAAAACCCUGAAGGAGAAAAUAGAGGAGGACAGAGGAAAAGAUGCAUUUCCUGCUGCAGGACAAAAACUCAUCUAUGCAGGCAAAAUCUUAAACGAUGACACCCCGCUGAAAGAGUACAAAAUCGAUGAGAAAAACUUUGUGGUGGUCAUGGUUACCAAGCCUAAACCAGCCCCUCCUCCACAUUCAGCCCCUCAGUCGACCCCCCAAACAGCUUCAGCCUCAGCACCAGCCUCAGCACCAGCCUCAGCCUCAGCUACAGCACCGGCCUCUGGCCCAGCACCUGCGCCCUCGACGCCAACACACACGGUGUCUGCACCCACGCCAGCCCCACAGUCAGUGCCUCCGUCUCAAUCCCCUUCCUCAGUCCCAGAAAACCCCCCGUCGGAUUCUGUUGAAGCAGCAGCAGCAGAAGCAGCUCUGGACUCGAACGAAGCCCCAGACACAGCUCCAGCUGUGGCCUCAGCUGCUGCUCCAGCCUCUGCCCCAGCCCCAGCUGCUGAACCUGUUCAGACAGGCUCAGCCACUGCAGACAGCCCCACCCUUGCUACCCAGCCAGAAGAGAAGCCAACGGAAGACCCUGAGAGUCAACCAUCUGCCACAGCACCAGUCCACUCUUCUGCCUCCAGCCUUGUUGAUGAACUGGGUCUCCUCGAAGAAGCAGCAUCAAUACUAGUGACGGGUCCGGCCUACGAGAACCUGGUAUCGGAGAUCAUGUCUAUGGGUUAUGAGCGGGAGCCGGUGGUUGCUGCACUUAGAGCCAGUUACAACAACCCAGACCGAGCUGUGGAGUAUCUGCUCAUGGGUAUUCCAGCAGAGGCCAGUGAUCUGCCACCACAAGAGCCAGUUCGACACAGUGCUCCAUCUAACCCCCCCCCCCCUGCUACACAACAACCACAGCAGCCCCCAGCAGCCCCUAACACAGGGCCAGUGUCUGGCAGUCAGCCUCCCUCUGCCGGCGGAGGCUCUAUCUCCACAGCGAACCCUCUGGAGUUCCUGAGGAACCAGCCUCAGUUCCAGCAGAUGAGACAGAUCAUCCAGCAGAACCCAGCCCUCCUACCAGCCCUGCUGCAGCAGCUUGGCAGAGACAACCCACUGCUGCUGCAGCAAAUCACGCAGCACCAGGAGCGUUUUGUACAGAUGCUGAAUGAGCCACGAGGAGGAGACACGGGAGGUGAAGGUGCUGAGGCCCAGGGGUCGCCACACACCAACUACAUCCAGGUCACCCCACAGGAGAAGGAGGCCAUUGAGAGGUUAAAAGCGCUGGGCUUCCCUGAAGGCUUAGUCAUCCAGGCUUACUUUGCCUGUGAGAAGAACGAGAACCUGGCUGCCAACUUCCUGCUACAGCAAACAUGGGACGAUGAGUAACUGGACAUCAGCUGACACAUCACCAAGACACCAGGUCCACCAGGGAUUAACAGGGACAGGAGAGGAAGACAACAUUUCUUUUCACACCAUGUGACUGUGGUCUGAUGAUGAUGGUGAUGAUGAUGACUAUAUUGAUGAUAUUGAUGAUGAUGAUGAUGUUCAAAGUUAGCUGUGCUGCCUCCUCUCCAUUCAGCUGUGAUGAUCAUUGUAGGAGCUCACACUGAGCUGUGCCUCACUGCUGCUACAUUAUUACUGCUGUCGCUUGUGCUGAGUGAUCCCACUGAUAGAAGUCAAUAUGCAACAGUCUGCAUCACCUUCACAGGCCAACAGGCUUUUAUUCAGUUUCCACUGCAGGCGGCUCACAGGCUGCCUGCAUGACACGUGUUGAACUUAGACUACUGUACAUAUACAGAAUACACACUACAAGAGUGUAUUUCUUGUGAAUACAAACAUGAGAAAAACAAAUUUUCAACAUGUGUGUUGACAAACCCUCCAUGUUGGAUUUACCUGAAAGUGUGAUGCAAACUGUCGACUUCACUAUUUGAGAGCUAACAUUGCUUUAUAUUAAAGUUCAGGUCUGAUCAUUUCAUUUCUUCUGCUUCUUUUGUCCUUUGAAAAAAAAUCCAAAACAUGUAAAAUAUCUCAGACUGAGUCCAAAUAGCACAGAUGUAAUCUUCAGUCUGUCCAUGGAAAUGAAAAGGCUGCAGACUGAGUAUUUGAGAUGCUGCUCCCCAUUCGUGCCAGAAAAAGAAAAAUGAGGUGAAAUGUUGCAAAUAAUUGUUAAGAUAAUGACUCAAAAUUACAACUAUUUAAGUCAAAAUAUGAAAUAGUAAGUGAUUCUCUCAUAAUUUUGGCUUUGUAAGUCAAAAUUUACUGUCACAAAAUUUAGUCUUGGAUCACAAUCAUUAUUAAUUUGGCCCUAAAAUGUAAAUAUUUUACUUUGUUCAUUUUGGCUUACCAUGAGUACGUCAAAAUAAAACAUUUGACUUUUAACAGUGUUUAACUAUCUCAUCAUUUUGACUCAGAAAGUUGAAGUUUUGACUUUUAUCUUUUUUUGGCACAAAUAGGAUUCCAUAGGUAAAGACAUUCAGCGUGUCUGGUGUAAGUGAGCGGUUGACUCCACCGCCACAGGUAUUAAAACAGUUUGCAUAUACAAUGAAUCAGUUGGGCAGUUGCAGAACAUUAUGAUUACUUGUUACCAAGGUUUCGUGUAUGUAUUUAGUGGGCACAUCCAGAUGUAGCACUCAGCUUGAAUUUAUCAUUCAGUGUGGAGGGUUUGUUUUGUUAAUCUGGAGAUUGAAGGUUUUUUUAAGGUUGAUUGUGAAGUGCCACAGACUUUGUGAGAUAAAUUUUUGACUUUUUUUUGUUUUGUUUUAAAGAAAAAUGUAGUUGUUUCUCAACAUGAUCACAUAUAGUCCACCUCCUACAUUCAGGCAAUCGGGUUAUUUUCAGUUUGUGUCAUGUCACAUCUUCUAUGCAUCUUAAAACUGUAACAAUUUGAGCCAUUGCUCCUUCAUGCCUUAUUGGUAGUUAAAGACUUGAACACAUUUUGUUUUACUGAUGUUGUAGUUUACAAUAUAGUGUUUCAGAUAUCUCACAGAUGAGUGUUGCAGGAUUGGUAAUCAUCAUUAGACUUUUAAUUAUUAAUAAUUUACUAGUUACAGUUUCAGAAAUGGACUCAAAGGAAUUGGAAUAAGUUCUAGAAGCCAAAACAAAAAACGUGUUUUUUUUUUAGCAUUCAGCAUGUGCUUUGCUGUACUGGAAAUGACUGGAAGUAUUGUAUCAUAUUGUACACAGGGUAUACAGUAUAAACUUUGGGGAAAAAAGGCACUUUACUGUGACUAAUGCUGCUGUAGCUGUGAGGGGUUGUUGGUUGCAUGAGAUUGUUACAGAUAUUUAUAGCAUGGCAGUGGGUCAGGACUGAUGAAAGCACCAGUAUGGUGUUGCUCUGAUCGCAGUUUGUCGUUGUUUUGUUUUCUUUUUGGGUUUACAAAAAAAUGACUUACAACCUUAAAAACACCAGUUGAGGUUUUGCUGAAUAGUUGUGAAAAACUUUUGUUUCACCAUUGUGUAAAAUAAAUGGCUUUUACAAAG